AAUUUAGACCGUCCUGUAAUGUGUUGUUUUAUGUUUUAAUAAUUUUGUUUCAGAUACAACAAACGUUUCGCAGAAAACUAACAAAUGCUAAUAAAAAGAACAUAAAAUAAAUCUGAUUACUUUGAUUACAAUACAUAUCAGCCAGGUAUAAAGAGUAAUUUUUGACUUUUCAAUUCGUCGAUGCCACAAUGAUCACUAAAGAAGUGUGGCUUCUAAGCAUUGUUUUGUCGAUUAGUUUGGCGACAACAAUCAAUGUAUCCAAAUUCCCCAAAGAUUUUAUGUUUGGUACGGCGACUGCCUCCUACCAGGUGGAAGGUGCAUGGAACCAAGAUGGAAAAGGGGAAAAUACUUGGGACGAAGUCUCUCACAGAGUACCAUCCCCAAUUGUCGAUAACUCAACCGGAGAUGUAGCUUGCGACUCUUAUCACAAAUAUAAAGAAGAUGUGGCGAUGCUGAAGCAUUUGGGAGUCACCCAUUACAGAUUUUCGUUAUCCUGGUCCAGGAUUUUACCCACAGGUUUUAAUAAUAAAGUCAACCCCCUUGGAAUCGCUUAUUACAAAAACCUCAUCAAGGAACUUAGGGCCAACAAUAUCGAACCUUUAGUAACUAUAUUCCAUUGGGAUACACCCCAAUCAUUGGAAAACUUAGGUGGAUGGACCAACGAGCUAAUAAUUGAUAGAUUUGUAGAUUACGCUAAGGUGGUAUUUGAAAAUUUUGGUGAUGAUAUUACAUACUGGUUGACAUUCAAUGAACCUAAACACAUUUGCAACGAAGGUUACGGUAACAAACAAAAGGCACCUCUGGUUGACUCACCUGGUAUUGGGGAAUACCUUUGCGCCCAUAAUGUUCUUAAGGCUCACGCUAAAGCGUGGCGUUUAUAUGACUUGCAGUUUCGUAGUACACAAAAAGGAAAGGUUGGAAUUACUGUAGAUACAGCUUGGUUUGAGCCAGACACAAAUAUUACUAAAGAUGUAGAUGCUGCAGAACGAGCACAACAAUUUAGUCAUGGCUGGUAUGUCAGACCUUUAACCUUCGGCGAUUAUCCAGAGCAAAUGAAGAAAUCAAUCUCAAAAAGAAGUUCACUUCAAGGCUUCAGCCAGUCGCGUCUUCCAGAAUUCACACAAGAUGAGAUCGAGUAUCUGAAAGGUACUCUUGACUAUUUGGGGUUGAACUAUUAUACCACAAGAAUGGCAAUAGACGCUGGUGAUAAACGAACAGACGUUGUUUCUUAUGAAGCAGAUGCAGGAGUUGAUGUGUACCAAAAAGACGAAUGGCCUACAUCGGCCACAUCAACGUUAAGGGUUGUUCCUUGGGGUCUAAGAAAAACACUCAACUGGAUCAAGAACACGUAUGGAGAUAUUCCAAUAAUAAUAACGGAAAACGGUACAUCAGACGAUGGUUCUUCUCUAGAAGAUGAUACGAGGGUCGACUAUUACCAGCAACACUUGAGCAGCGUGAAAGAUGCGAUGGAUGAUGGAGUAAAUGUUUUCGGAUAUACAGCGUGGAGUUUGAUGGAUAAUUUUGAAUGGUUACGUGGAUAUACGGAACACUUCGGGCUGUAUCACGUGGAUUUUUCAAGCCCAAAUCGAACAAGAACACCAAAGAAAUCAGUGGAAUACUUUAAAAAUGUGAUACAAUACAGAUGUGUUUUAGGAAAUUCUACAUGUGAUAAUUAAUUUUUUUGUGACUUUUAUUUCUUAUUAAAAAAUCUGAUUAAGAA